AUGUUGGGUGGUCAGGUUCACCCUCAUGAAGAUGAAGUAAGUGGAAAAGCGAAAGAGGAAGAAGAAUAUGAGGAGAAGGAGUUGGAAAAAGACGUUACAGCAACGGAGAACGAAUAUGCUGAUAAGAGUGAAAAAAGACACAAGGCCAAAGAGGAAGACAGAGAAGAAGAAAACUACAAAGAAAAGGAGGAAGAGAAAAUGGUUAAAGCCGAGGCGGAUGAAGAAAGGUGUGCUAGUGCUCAAAGCCAGACACGAAAUAUGUCUCCCACCUCAACUCAGACUGGGGAAGAAAGCAGAACAGAUUCCCCAACAGCUGAUAGUGACAGACAGGGUAAUUUCGAAUACUCCGACCAAUCUGGGGAAUCUCAUUCUUCUACUGUAGAAGAUCAAACCAAUACUAGACAAGAGAGCGAAGGAGUAACGACUACAAAAUCUGAUGACCGAGAUGAAAGAGCAGAAUCCUUAGGCCCUGACGAUGAGAAGAAAGAGAACUACGGGAAAGGGCCACAAAAGAAGCUCAGGAACACAAGAAGAAUGAAGAGGAAACGUAAGGAGCGAGUUCCUGUGACAUAUCAAGCAUUUUUCAAACAUGGAAGGGGGACGUUUGCUUGGGUGUUCAGAGCAAAGGCCAGAGAGAAAGACCAGGAACAAUACGACAAAGAGGAGGAAAAGGAAAAAGCCAAGGAGGAUGAAGAACUGUAA